GAACUUUUGCACUUUUUUUACAUUCUAAAUAGAGCCACCACCAGAUUUGUCUCCUUCAUUCACCUCAAACCUUUAGGGAUCUUGCUUUUAUAAAUACAAUACACAUUGCCUAUAUCUUCUAUUAUCAGCACAAAAUCAUCAUACAUAUUAUAUUAUCAAAAACAACACAUUCCUACUUCUGUUUAUCUAUUUUCUAUUAUAAAAACAGAAACAAGAAAUGACUUUAACACUCCAAUCAUCAACUUCUUUUAUCAAUUUAAAAGAAACCAAAGGUGUUAAAACACCUGAUGAUUUCUUAAGCAUGGUUUCUUUUGCACAAUCCAAGCCAUCUUGCCGUCUCGUAGCAAAAAGCUCGAUGCAAGAAGCUCAACUCUCCCAUGAGACAAUCAUGGAAGGGAGGAAAAAUGAGAAAAGAGAGAAGCUACAUGAGUUAACAGCUAGUCACAGCAAUAGCAGUAGAAAGGUACCGGUUUUUGUGAUGCUCCCACUUGACACCAUGACCAUGGGAGGGAACUUGAACAAGCCACGAGCGAUGAACGCGAGUUUGAUGGCCUUGAAAAGUUCUGGAGCUGAAGGGGUUAUGGUGGAUGCUUGGUGGGGAUUGGUAGAGAAAGAUGGACCGUUGAAGUAUAACUGGGAAGGGUAUGCUGAACUUGUCAAGAUGUGUCAAGAACAUGGCUUGAAGCUUCAAGUUGUCAUGUCUUUUCAUCAGUGUGGAGGAAAUGUUGGAGAUUCUUGCAGUAUUCCUCUACCUCCAUGGGUACUUGAAGAAAUCAGCAAGAAUCCUGACCUUGUCUACACAGAUAGAUCAGGCCGGAGAAAUCCUGAGUAUAUAUCCUUAGGUUGUGAUAUGUUGCCAGUACUCAAAGGAAGAACACCCAUUCAAGUAUACGCCGACUAUAUGAGGAGCUUCAGAGAAAGAUUCAACGAUUAUUUGGGAAAUGUCAUAGUGGAAAUUCAAGUGGGAAUGGGUCCUUGUGGGGAGCUAAGAUAUCCAGCCUACCCAGAAAGCAAUGGUACAUGGAGGUUUCCUGGAAUUGGAGAAUUCCAAUGCUAUGACAUGUACAUGAGAGCUUCACUAGCAGCAGCAGCCAAGGCAGCUGGAAAGGAUGAUUGGGGCCGGGGAGGGCCUCAUGACUCUGGGCAGUACAAUCAGUUUCCCGAGGAUACUGGAUUUUUUCAAAGGGACGGAACAUGGAACAGUGAAUAUGGACAGUUCUUCCUAGAGUGGUAUUCAGGAAAACUACUAGAGCAUGGAGACAGGAUCCUAGCAGCAGGAGAAAGUAUAUACCAAGGAACUGGGGCUAAGCUAUCUGGAAAGGUAGCUGGGAUUCAUUGGCAUUACAAUACUAGAUCACAUGCUGCAGAGUUAACAGCAGGAUAUUAUAAUACAAGACACAGAGACGGCUAUCUACCUAUAGCACGUAUGUUAGCGAAACAUCGAGUUGUACUUAACUUUACAUGCAUGGAAAUGAGGGAUGGUGAACAGCCCCAUAGUGCAAACUGCUCACCAGAAGGCUUAGUUCGACAAGUUAAAACUGCAGCGAGAACUGCUGGAGUAGAACUUGCUGGAGAAAAUGCUCUAGAAAGGUACGAUGUAGGAGCCUUUUCUCAAGUUUUGGCAACAAGCAUGUCAGAUUCUGGAAAUGGGUUGAGUGCAUUUACAUUCUUGCGAAUGAACAAACGGUUGUUUGAGCCAGAAAACUGGCGGAAUCUAGUGCAAUUCAUAAAGAGCAUGUCGGAAGGAGGUCGAAAUGCUAGCCUUCCAGAGUGCGACUCGAGCAGGACAAACCUCUAUGUAAGAUUUAUCAAAGAAAGUCAUUCUAAGAAAGCUACCGAAGUUGCAGUAGUGUAAAGAUACAGGCUGUAUACAUGUAAUAUAUUUAUCCCAUUUUAGGUCAGCAGAAAGUGGCAUAGAGUACUUAAGUGCCAUACUCAUAGCACCCCAAAGGGUCCAGAAGAAUUUGAGCCCGUGUCUAACAAACUAUAGGAAAGAGGUAAUAGAAGCUAAGUAUGCCAAUCUUUGCCUCUCUGGUUCAGAGUUUGUGAAGCUCUGGGUCAUUGGAGACAAGAAAAAGAAGCUAAGUGAGUCAACCUUUGCCUCCCUGUUUCAGAGGUUGUGAAGCUCUGGAUCAUCCAGGACAAUUAGAUAGUAUCAUACAAGGAUUUGGAUGAGCAUACUCUUUUCUUUGUACAAAAAUAAAAAAUUUCUGCCUUCCACAUUUAUUAUUGAAGAAUAAAGGAGCUAAUGAUAUUGCUUCCUACA